AUAUGUAGUGAAAGCACCCAAGACCAAUCCAGACGUAGUAAGCCAUCCGACUUUCGAUCAUCGCGGUCGACAUAUUACACACCAUCUGUGAUACUCUAUACAAUGUCUUCAUUGUCCCCAAACUCUUAAUUUUAUUUAAUUUUUUGAACUGAAUUAUAAGUCAGUUGAAAAGAUAAAUUAAACUUAAGUUUUCGUACAAUUCACUAUAUGAGUUAACUGUUUGCUAAUGAGUUGUGACAGUUGCUUUUGAACUCACGACUUUAUGUUGACAAAUACUUGUCAUUCAGAUGGCUGCUGUCAUGAGCUUGAAACAAGCCGAAAAAUACCGAGCUUGAUCGAGGUGUAUCGAGAUAAUUUUUAGCAGUAAAAUGGCGGCUUCAUGAAACCUUGAAUUGCGAUUUAUUAGCGGCAAUUCAUGCUUAUUUGAAAGAUUUACGGUUUUAUUGAAACGUUAAUAGAUUAGCUAAAAUACGUAUUUUUAAGUGUAAAAUUCGAAUACUAGUGCAUUAUCUAAAAUUAUUACAUCUAGAGUGAAGUAGUCAAAAAAAAAAUUUGACGGCCUAAUGCAGGUCACUAAAUAUUUACCGAGCACAAAUGAUGACUUCGAUGUUGCCUAGCUUCAAUCCACCUAUUGUAAAACGUUUGCUAGGCUGGAAAAAAGCUGAUGGUGAAGAUAAAUGGAGUGAAAAAGCUGUUAAAAGUCUUGUUAAAAAACUUAAAAAGUCUGCCGGUCUCGAGGAACUUGAAAAAGCUAUCACAACACAGAACUGCAAUACUAAGUGUAUUACUAUACCGAGAUCUAGUCCUGGAGGCGUUGGUGAUAACGGAGUUCAGGGUGUACGAGGUAAAGGUUUACCGCAUGUCAUCUACUGUCGUCUUUGGCGGUGGCCAGAUCUUCAGUCUCAUCACGAGCUUAAGGCCAUCGAUCUUUGUGAAUACUCCUUUACUCAAAAAAGGGAUGAAGUGUGUGUAAAUCCUUAUCAUUAUCAAAGGAUACAAACACCGGUUUUGCCAGCAAUCUUGGUACCUCGACAUAACCUGUCAGGUGACGAAUCAGUACUAUACAACACGUCUUUUGAAGAACUUAGCGUUAGUGUUCCUGAAAAUACAAGCUUUCACGCUACAUUAAAUCAUCGAUACAAUAAUCAGCAAGGAAUUUCUCAUCCAUCACAACAGCAACAACCAAAUAGUCUUUAUCAAGGGAUGCAGAGCAUGCAAGCAACAAGUCCAGCGAGUGUGGGAAGUAUAGGAAGUAUCCAAGGUUCGCCUCAUCCUGCGACAGGAUCGAUGGAUCCACCAGCGGAUACUCCUCCACCUGGAUAUAUUAGCGAAGAUGGCGACAAUAUCGAUCACAAUGACAAUAUGUCUCUUUCUCGUUUAUCACCUAGUCCUGUGGAUGCUCAGCCAGUUAUGUACUGUGAACCGGCAUUUUGGUGUUCAAUAAGCUACUACGAAUUAAAUACAAGAGUAGGUGAGACAUUUCAUGCUUCACAACCAAGUAUAACGGUGGAUGGUUUCACGGAUCCAAGUAAUUCAGAACGAUUUUGUCUUGGUUUAUUGUCUAAUGUUAAUCGAAAUACAGUGGUAGAGCAAACUAGACGACAUAUUGGCAAAGGAGUUAGACUAUAUUAUAUUGGGGGCGAAGUGUUCGCUGAGUGUCAAUCUGAUUCAAGCAUUUUCGUCCAAAGUCCAAACUGCAAUCAGCGCUAUGGAUGGCAUCCAGCGACUGUUUGCAAAAUACCUCCAGGCUGCAACCUUAAAAUUUUUAAUAAUCAGGAAUUUGCUGCUUUAUUGUCACAAUCAGUAUCUCAGGGAUUCGAAGCAGUUUACCAAUUAACAAGAAUGUGUACAAUCCGAAUGAGUUUUGUAAAAGGCUGGGGUGCAGAGUAUCGCCGUCAAACUGUAACGUCAACACCAUGUUGGAUCGAACUACAUCUGAAUGGGCCGCUACAGUGGCUUGAUCGAGUUCUAACGCAAAUGGGAUCACCUCGUUUACCAUGUUCGUCAAUGUCUUAAAAAAAAAAAAUUCGUACAAUACAUAUAAAAAAAAAAAAAUACCGGAAGAAAUGAUCUGUAAAAUUUUAGUCAUUUUCUUUAACUGAAUUGGAGAUUAAUUUCAAAUGUAUUAUUUUUGUAAUUUUCACUUAAUAAUCAUUCGUAAUUGCGAUAACUUAUCAAGUCAUUUAAUAUUUUUUACAAUAUGACAAAUCCUUUUUAAAGUUUUUCAAAAAUAUAAAAUUUGACUCCCAAAUAUUUUCAGUAUUUUACAACAUAACUCUCGAGCACCUAUCAAGAAGUGCCUACUAUUACGUAAAUGUACCAAAAUUUUUUUUUUCGGUUACUUUGAAGUAAUUUUAAAAAAUACUGUUUUGUUAGUCAAAAACAAAAAGAAUUAUGAAAGGUUUUUGAAAGGAGAAUAGAUUUAUUUUUUCAUCAGCAAUUUUUCAUAUUGUAUGACGACCGAUUAAGAAAAAAAAUAAAUUCGAAGUUGUGUUACAUAAAAAAUAUGAAUAAAGGAAUGAAAAACCGUAAUGUUUUCAAGUUGAUCGUUCACUUCAUAAUUUUUAAUUUUUUCAUCUAUUUAUAGCUAGUCAGCUGUAUAAGUGUCUGAAUAAGUUAUAAUUUGUAACUUUUUUGAAAUAUCCAAAAUUCCAACUAAUCUUUUGAAAUUUAAAUGUAAACGAUUAAGAGAAAUAGUUUGAUCGCUUAAACUAUUAUAGCGCUAAAACUUUAUUAUGAUAAUUUAAAGUUGGAUACAAUUGGAUGAGCAUCUGCAUCGAAUUGAUUCGAGACUACACAUCAGAGAUAAAAAAUAAAAUUUUUCCUCAAACGAUUCCUUUGCUAUUUUUAUCUGAAUUAUUAUAUAAUUCUUUGUACUAAUUCAACGUCGGGUUAAAACAUUUUUAUAUGGAAUGUCAUUGAUUAAGAUUUAAUUUUGAUAAGAAAAUUACAUUAGAAUAACAUACUUUAUUAUUUUGUAUGAUCAGUAUAUAUAAAAAAAGUAAACGUCUACCUAACCACUUCCUUAAGUUUACUCUACUUUACUUCUAAGCCUUUAAGCCGCGCUGUAAAUUUAACACAGUUGUACUGAAGAUAUGCAAAUAGUGUUAAAAUUAAAAAUUGUUUUUACAUGAA